UAACCACUGAGUACAUUUCUCAUUUCUCAUUUCUCAUUUCUCAGGGUCUAAGUGGAGAAUUAUCAGAGAGAAAGCAGUAAUUAACGUCAUAUAUUCGACGAAGGGUUAGUGAAUACUCUCAUCGACUGUUGCUGGCGCCUGCCUCCUGCCAUAGCGACGGCCAUGGCGGAACCUACCCAUCAAGAAGAGCACCUAGACGUCCUUACAAAAACGGGAGAGAAGACCGGAGUUUCGAAGCCAAGGAGCCUGGUCCAUCGGGAUGGAGACUAUCACCGUGCUGUUCAUGUGUGGAUAUACUCGGAGAGUACGCAGGAGCUUCUCCUGCAGAAACGCGCCGAUUGCAAGGCUUCUUGGCCUGCGAAGUGGGAUAUCUCCAGUGCCGGACACAUAUCAUCUGGAGAGUCGUCGCUUCUUACCGCUAGGAGGGAACUCUUCGAAGAGCUAGGCAUAGACCUUCCAAAAGAUGCAUUCGAGUUGUUAUUUGUUUCCCGUCAUGAGUGUGUUCUAAAUAAUGGAAGUUAUAUCAACAAUGAAAUCAACGAUGUAUAUCUUGUGACAACUUUGAGUCGUAUUCCCAUGGAGGCCUUCACUCUUCAGGAAUCAGAGGUUUCUUCUGUCAAAUACAUGUUUUGGAAUGAUUAUAAACAUAUUCUUGAAGAAGGAGAUGAUCAAUAUGUCCCAUAUGAUACAACAGGCCAGUAUAGCCAGCUAUUUGUCAUUCUUGAGCAAAGGUACAAAGAGAAUAAGGAGGCUAUUAGUCUAAGAUUGCAAAAUAAGCUGAAUCGCUAUGCUCCUAUCCUUAUGAACCCAGAGUUAAUUGGGCUCUCGGAAGCAGACAAGGAAGCUUUAUUCCACAUACUUAGAGCUGCAAUAGUCAUGGAUGACAUUUUCUACUUGCAGGUUUGGCAUACGAAUCCAAUGUUAAGAGAUUGGUUGAAAGAGCGAUCUAAUGCUUCUGAAAUAGAUAGGCUGAAGUGGAUGUAUUACUCCAUAAAUAAGAGUCCAUGGUCGUGCCUGGAUGAGAAUGAAGCAUUUUUAACAACAGCGGAUUCACUUGUAAAACUUCUUGAAGGAUCUACUAAACCUGUCACAGGCUGGAAAGGAAUUGAAUAUAAAGUUGCUUUUCCUUUGGUGAAGCCCCCUGGAGCAAAUUUCUAUCCACUAGACAUGGAUAAAAAGGAAUUUGAGCUGUGGAAAGGUAGCCUCACUAAAAGUGAACAAGAGGCUGCUACAGGAUUUUUCAGCGUUAUUAGGAGACAGGAUGACAUUCCAUCCUCAGUUAUGGUCUACAAUGGCACCAAGCAAAGUGUUAAUCCGGAUUGUUUGACUAUAGUUCCAUACUCCCAAGAAUACAAAACUUUUCUUGAGCAAGCAGCCCAGUUUCUUUUUCGCGCGGCAGAACUGUCUGACUCUUCUAGCCUGACGAAGUUGCUGAAAGCUAAAGGAAAUGCUUUUCUCUCUAACAAUUACUAUGAAUCUGACAUAGCCUGGAUGGAGUUGGAUUCCAAGCUGGAUGUAACCAUUGGUCCAUAUGAGACAUAUGAAGAUACAAUCUUUGGAUACAAGGCAACAUUUGAGGCAUUUGUGGGGAUACGAGAUGACAAGGCAACAACUCAAGUCAAACUUUUUGGAGACCAUCUUCAGGUUUUGGAACAAAAUCUUCCAAUGGACGAUAUCUAUAAAUCAAAAGAUGUAGUGGCUGCUCCAAUUCGUGUAAUUCAUCUUAUCUACAAUUCAGGGGAUGUGAAAGGUCCCCAGACUGUUGCUUUUAAUUUGCCAAAUGAUGAGCGCAUAGUAAAUGAACGUGGAACCUCUAUGGUCUUGCUGAAGAAUGUAUCAGAGGCCAAGUUUAAGCACAUUCUACUACCCAUAGCUGAUGUCUGUAUCAAAGCUGAUCAGAAGGAAUUCAUUGACUUCGAAUCCUUCUACACCCAUACAAUUUGCCAUGAGUGCUGCCAUGGAAUUGGGCCACAUACAAUUACCCUGCCAAAUGGUGAUAAGUCAACAGUUAGAUUGGAACUUCAAGAACUACACUCAGCAUUGGAGGAGGCAAAAGCAGAUAUUGUCGGACUUUGGGCGCUAAAGUUCCUUAUCAAUCAGGAACUACUUCCAAAAAGUUUGUCGAAGUCAAUCUAUGUUUCUUUCUUAGCGGGCUGCUUUAGAUCAACACGCUUUGGUUUAAAAGAAGCACACGGGAAAGGGCAAGCAUUGCAAUUUAAUUGGCUUUAUGAAAAAGGAGCCUUUCUCAUGCAUUUAGACGGUACAUUUUCUGUGGAUUUUGGGAAGGUUGAAGAAGCUGUUGAAAGCCUCAGCAAGGAAAUUCUAACUAUUCAAGCAAGAGGUGACAAAGUUGCUGCGAUGUUAUUUCUCGAAAAUUAUGCAAAAAUGAGCCAGCCGCUUGCUACUGCUCUAGAAAAGCUUGAAAAAAUUCAGGUGCCUGUUGAUAUUGCUCCCAUAUUUAGUGUGGCAGAAAGAUUGUUGAGUGGUAGGAAUUGAUUGUCGACAAAUUUUAUGGAGACUAAAGAUGUCAGUCAAUGAAUUGAUAACUCUAAUUUAAAGAUUUAAGCCAGCACGAGUCAAGGAUUCAAAUAAGGUUGCUGAACCGUCAACAAAGCAUUUUUCUUACAAUUGAAAUGCCUGGUGCCAAUAUUUACCUAUCUACAAAUCCAGGAAAAAUAUUAUUUUGUAGAAUGAUGUUUCUGUAAUUUCAUCUUAAUGAGAAUUAGUAAACAUUAAUGUUUCUAAUUGUUUUAUGAUCAACCUAACGAUUGUAUUUCACACCUAUCCAUUAUAAUCAACAUUUUCCUAGUUAUUA